UUACAGAAAUGCUGUAAUGGCCACUGAAAUCAUUAUGGCUUAUAUGGGGUAUCUCUGCCGUUAGAUCAAGGGGGUUUCUUUCUACCUGGCAGGGAUAGGCAGCGGGGUAACUUUAUUCACUCUGUCGGAAGUUUAGCAGAGGUGAGAAUGCUGCGUGUUUUGCUAAGAUGAAUUGAUGUCUGGGCUCUCUCCAGAAGGAGAUCGCUGUUGGGAAGACUGUGACCGGCUCACGGAAACUCGAGCUUGUCGCAGACUUUGCGAGGAAGUUCUUAGCCGGGCGGAAGAAGCUGGGCCUGGUGUCCCCAGAGAGAGACAGGUAAGUGAACCUGUUUGGUGAUCUUGAUGGAUAAACUACAUUCUAUUUUUGAAGUGGGGAUGAUAAACUUCUCUGAUGAAGGUAAUAAAGGUGAAGGCUCUGCGAACACUUUUAAGACAAGUGUGCUGACUCUGCCCGGGGUUUCUCCUUGCUUUGGCAGAAAAUCAGUGGGCUUUUCCAGCAGUUCUGAGGAGGAUGACGAUGAGGACAACUGUGAACCACCUACUAUGUCCUUUGAGGAGUACCUCACUUAUGACCAGCCCCAGAAAAAGAAGCAAGCGGUCAAACCCUCUGUGUCACCUGGGCAGAAAGACCACUGGCACAGCACCUGUUUGCCGUGCCAAGACGGCCUCGACAGCGCCUGCUUGAGUGCGAAAAGCCCAAGCCUCAAGCGCACAAAUGAGAAAAGGGCAGAGAAGGAACCACCAGAGGCUCCUGAACCAAAGAGGAUACUGUUAGAUGUGGACAUAAAGUUGCCCGACAUCCCGCUGCCGCCGAUCCAGGCCAGCUGCAGCCCUCCUCCUCCAGUUGAGUCCGCUCCCCGUUCACAGAGAAAAAGGAAAGCACCGGCCUUGACACCUGAAGAGAGCGAAGAGGGGCUCUCAUGCUACCGGCAGAAUUCAAAGACGCUAGUGCGUCCAGGCCCUAAAACCGCCCCGGUCCCACGGACGGUGCCUCCUCCUCAGCAAAGUACCCGACUCCUCACUAACAGCAUUGACUCCAUCUGUGAAGUUAGUGGUGUCCCUUUCUCAGAGCUGGAGCCAGUAUUGGAGAGAUGCACCCCAGAGCAGCUCCAUCGCAUUGAGGAACCUGUUGUUGAGGGAGAGGGGGGCGAUGGUCUCAGGGGGGAUCCCAGAUUACAUCUGCAUUUGUUUCAGGCCCUCAUUGAGUCUACGGAUCGACUGUGGCACAUCCACUGUCUCCGAGACUUCAAGAACGAGAAGCCAGAAGCGUUUGAAUCCUGGCGGGAGAUGUACCUUCGCCUGCACGAGGCACGAGAGCAGCGGCUGCUCAUGUUAUCCUGGAAGAUUGGCUCAGCUCAUAGCAACAAAGGUCAAGCAGCCAAAACUGUGUUUCUGGCCUCUCCACCAAAGGCCCCUUGGGACGUGCGAAGGAGACAAAAGAAGUUUGGAACUGGGGGACCUCUUGUGCCAGAGAAGACCAAAAUAAAAGCAGUCUUGUGCGCCGCGAGCAAAAGCCACGCUCGUGGGAGUGAGGAGAAGUUCUAUGAUGGGCCCAGCACCAGCAGUGCCCACUCUGUCCCACCUUCAGCAACCACCUUCUCCUCCUGUGGCCCCAGGAAACCACCAGUGAAAACUCAAGCAGCCAAAACUGUGUUUCUGGCCUCUCCACCAAAGGCCCCUCAGAACAAAGAAAGGAGACAAGAGAGGUCUGGGACUGGACGAGCUCUUCUGCCAGAGAAGAUCAACAAAAGCCACGCUCCUGGGAGUGGGGGCGAGUCCCACGAUGGGCCCAGCACCAGCACUCCCCACUCUGUCCCAUCUUUGGGCAGGACCAUGUUCUCCUCCUGGUUUCCUGAGCCCAAGAAACCACCAGCCAAGAAAAUUGCACCCAUGAUGGCCAAGGCUGUCAAAGAUUUCAAAACCAGGUUCUCUCGCAGAGAAGAUACAAACUCUGCUGCGGGACUGAAGGAAGAAACAGGGCCAAUGAAGGAGAUCGCUGUUGGGAAGACUGUGACCGGCUCACGGAAACUCGAGCUUGUCGCAGACUUUGCGAGGAAGUUCUUAGCCGGGCGGAAGAAGCUGGGCCUGGUGUCCCCAGAGAGAGACAGGUAA